UACACUUCGGCGUCUGUAUUUUACUCAGCACUUCGACUGGCAAACACCGCGAGCUGAUUGACAGACUGCUGUUUUUCCUCGGUGAGUUGGUCACUUUCUCAACUUCAUCGACAGUUUUUUUCGGAGCGGUUCUUCAGAGAGUGACAGGAGCGGUGAGCGGAGUCGGACGGAGUUUAGUGCCAACUGUUGCUCAGGUUGCCAUUAAGUGUCAAAAAUAUGGCAAACUCGGGCGUUCAGUUGCUUGGAUUUGGUCUCUCUCUGACUGGCAUCGUUGGACUGAUCGUGGGCACCAUCCUCCCGCAGUGGAAGAUGUCCGCGUACGUAGGGGACAGUAUUAUCACGCUGGCCACUUACCAGGGACUGUGGAUGUCCUGCGCGUUUCAGAGCACCGGACAGCUUCAGUGCAAAAUCUACGACUCCAUUCUGCAAUUAGACAGUGAUCUUCAAGCGACCCGUGCUUUGAUGAUUGUGGGUAUCAUUGUGUCCAUUGCCGGUCUUGGUGUGGCCUGCAUGGGCAUGAAGUGCACCACUUGUGGAGCUGAUGACAAAGUUCGCAAGGCUCGCACGGCCAUGACAGGGGGCAUCAUACUGCUAGUGGGAGCCCUCUGUGCAGUUGUUGCCUGCUCAUGGUUUGCCCACAAUGUGAUCCGAGCUUUCUACAACCCUUUCACUCCAGUCAACACCAAGUUUGAGUUUGGAGCAGCCAUUUUCAUUGCUUGGGGCGGGUCAUUUCUUGAUGUUCUCGGUGGAGCCAUGUUGGCUGCCUCUUGCCCUCGAAGUAAACAAGUGUCAAAAUAUCCUAAAAGUAACUCUGCACGGUCUGCCAGCAGCAACAACAAAGAGUAUGUGUGACCAAGACUGCCCCCCACUGGACAGAUACUGCACCAACUUCAGAAGGUGAAAAAUUUCUUCAACAAAAUAAUGAACUCAAUAAUGAAGGUUGAACAGCUGUCACUGAGAAAGACAACAGUUUACAAACUGUCUAAUGUCCCAUUAUAAAAAGGGCAAUCAGUUGUCCAAAAAUUCAAAUAAAUAAUGUAUUUACAAACUCUCUGGGAGUUUUGGAAAUGGAGGACUGUAGGAAUCUAGUGCCAGUACAAAUACUCACAAGAUAGCUUUGAGCCCUCAGUGUUUCAAUGAAGAAAACAACUAGGUUGGUUUCUCUGUUUCAAAGAAGAGAAACUUGGGUAGUGGGUCAUAUAUGUUGGUGUUUUCAAAGUGCCCACUAGGGAGCACUAUAACCAACACAAUAAGCAGGUGUUGCUCAAAAUGGAGGCAGAUUUUUUAUUUUUAAGAUUUGCUUGUUUUUGAGUAUUUAUCCCACCGAAAUGCUAACCUUUUUAAUACUCAUUUGAGCCACUGUUAUGUAAUUUCAUGUAAUUGCAGAGGGUCAAAAAAGAUCCUGAACAUCAUGGGUUUUUUUUUUUUCGUUUGCUUAACACAUUGCAGUAUUAACUCAUGUUCAUUUUAUCAUCCAUGAGCCUAUCUGAAUAUCUUUUACUUACAAAAGUUUCAUGAUAAUGGCAGUAUUAGUUAUUGUUUACACACUUGUUUUACAUGCUUAUUUUCAAUAAAGUUGGCUUUCAUUGCAUCAGGCUGGUUAUUAU